AUUAAACUAUCAAAUUUUAACGUUUUACUGCUGCAAAUUUUAGUGAAUUUAGAACUGGAACAAACAAAACUUAAGGGGAAAAAGAUCUAAAACAAUCUUAUUUUGAAGAUCAUCUUAGUAAAACUAAAAUAAAACAAUAAUUGUCAAUAAUGGAGGAUGACAAAUUAAAAUGCGUGAUGACCGGGCCAAAAUGUAUGGCGCGACAAGGAAAAGGUUGCGCACGCAUCCCAUUAAAGACGGGGCCCCCAACGCCAGAUCAGGCUGUCGAUUCCGAAAUUGAGAGCGAGAUGGAGUUACCGCACUUAACCUCCGAGCCGACUUGGCAAAAAUUACAAGAAUAUUACAAUCAAAAUAAAAGCAAUUUGGUGAUUAAAGACUUGUUUUCAAGUGAUCCUAAACGAUUCGAUAAAUUAAGUCUUAAGGUAGCCACUCCCGAUGGCGAAAUCCUUGUUGAUUAUUCCAAGAACUGUAUUGAUGAACAAGCCCUUAGGCUCUUAUUUGCUUUGGCGAAGGACAGAAAAGUCGAACAGGCCAGAGACUUUAUGUUUACCGGUAAAAAAAUAAACUUUACUGAAGAUAGGGCUGUACUUCAUGUGGCUCUACGGAACAGAUCAAACACUCCAAUUUUGGUUGAUGGGAAAGAUGUUAUGCCUGAUGUCAAUGCAGUGUUGGAGCACAUGAAACAGUUCACUAACUCUAUUUUAAGUGGACAAUGGCGGGGAUAUUCAGGAAAGCAAAUCACUGAUGUCAUUAACAUUGGCAUUGGUGGCUCUGAUCUUGGACCUCUUAUGGUUACAGAAGCCUUAAAACCUUACAACAAAGGACUUAAAGUUCACUUUGUGUCAAACAUUGAUGGAACCCAUAUGGCUGAAACAUUGAGAAAAGUCGAUCCAGAGACUGUUUUAUUUAUUAUUGCUUCAAAAACGUUUACCACUCAGGAAACUAUUACUAAUGCCACCUCUGCCAAAGAGUGGUUUUUAGGAUAUGCUAAAGACCCUGCUGCGGUUGCAAAACACUUCGUUGCUUUAAGUACAAACGAGCCGAAAGUUACGGAAUUCGGUAUCGAUCCGGCAAAUAUGUUCGGUUUUUGGGACUGGGUCGGGGGACGAUACUCCUUGUGGUCCGCCAUAGGCUUAAGCAUUUGCCUCUCCGUCGGAUUUGAUAAUUUUCAACAACUUUUAGAAGGGGCUCAUCACUUGGACAAGCAUUUUCAAACUGCUCCGUUAGAACAAAAUGCUCCAGUAAUUCUUGCUCUUCUUGGUAUCUGGUAUGGCAACUUCUAUGGGGCUGAAACUCACGCCUUGCUUCCUUAUGACCAAUACCUUCACAGAUUCGCCGCCUAUUUUCAACAAGGUGACAUGGAGAGUAAUGGAAAAUAUGUUACCAGAAGUGGUAAACAAGUGGAUUAUAGUACUGGACCGAUUGUGUGGGGAGAACCAGGUACAAACGGCCAACAUGCAUUUUAUCAGUUGAUACAUCAGGGUACCAAGAUAAUACCCGCAGAUUUUAUUGCUCCAGCCCAAACGCAAAAUCCCAUUCGUGAAGGUCUUCAUCAUAAAAUCCUUCUGGCUAACUUCCUAGCUCAGACCGAAGCUUUAGCUUUCGGUAAAACAACCGAGCAAGCUCGCGCGGAAUUGGAAAAGGCCGGUAUGUCAGGCGAAACGUUAGAGAAAAUAUUGCCACACAAAGUGUUUUUGGGAAAUAGGCCAACUAACAGUAUCGUCGUUAAGAAAUUCACACCUUUUACUUUGGGUGUUUUAAUAGCUCUCUACGAGCACAAAAUCUUCACACAAGGCAUCAUUUGGAGCAUUAACUCGUUCGACCAAUGGGGUGUGGAGCUGGGAAAACAGUUGGCCAAAGCUAUAGAGCCGGAGUUACAAGACAACAACCCAGUAUCUUCGCACGAUUCCUCUACCAACGGACUUAUUAAUUUCAUAAAAGCCAAUCGUUAAGACGAUUCUAUCAAUAGUGAACCUUGUAUUAAUUGUAAAAGUGACCGGUCUUUACUUAUAGCUGGGUUGCUUACUUUAUUGGUUAGGGAUUAGUAAAUUAAUAAUUUUUGCUUUUUCAAAUAUUUGUAAUAGCAUGGAAGGUUAAAAGUAAUUUUCUGGUGCUUUUAGAUGACUUAGCUAUGAGCAUAGACUAGGGUUUCUUACAUACAACAGAAAUUUAACUAGAAAGAGCCCAAAUGCUGAAAAAUAUUAACGUUAAUCGUAGAUAAAGUACAAAAGUGUAUCAAGAAAACAAAUUAGAAAGUCCCAUAUUUUAACACUGAAACUUAUUAUUUUUACACCCACUUUUAUGAAAUUUACUUUAUAUACAAGUGUUUUUAAAUGAUAUUUUUAUGGAUAUGUUAUUUUGAUGUUUAUUUACAUUUAUUGAUGAAAUUAAAUUAUGUUUCCCAAAA